CGUCGCAAGGUUGAACGGUGCACGGCUCCCACAUCGUCGCAAUGGCGUUGCCCGCUGUCCCGCAAGAUGACCUGUCGCAUCGCAUGCUAGAGGUGUACGCCGCUGCUGGCCUCUCUCUUCUACCGGCGGGCUCUCCUGAGGCACACUUGAAGGCGCUGCUGACACAACGAGGAGCGCUACCGGACAAGCAAGACGGCCACGAGGCCAAGAAGAGACUGUCCAUCGCUGACCAGGCUUCCCCCCGGCCAAAGGCGGAGGAACACACCAAGGCCGCGCCAACCAAAGCCAGGGUGGCCCUCCCCCCGUUGAGAAACGGCGAAAAGCGCCACGAGCACGAGGAUGAGAGCAGACCUGACGAGGAAUCAGCCCCAAUCGUCCCUCGCAAGCGCAGAUUCCCGCGGCAGCCUCGCGAAGUGGUAUGGAUUCGAUCACUGACAUUCAUGCACUCGUCGGUGCUCUUGGAGGGAUGUUAAAUGUCCUUCCAGGUUCAAUUAAAGGCGAUGGGCUACAGCGAGCUGAUAGAUCUGUAUCGGCAGAAGAAGGCCUCGGACAUGAUUUCGCUUCUCAAGCAGCACCCAGUCAAGACCAACAUCAGGCAGCGUAUGGAGCUGGCAGAGGUACAUACAUGGAAUUCGCUCUUACACAUCUUGAGCUGAUUGCACAUUAUGUGGGUGAUAGGCUUUAGGUCUGAAGGACAGUGAGUGGGACAAGGUGCAGGACUCGUCGGCUUUGCAGAUCUUUAUGAGGGCCGAGAAGAAACUACGCACAGUGCAGGUGGUGGCCGCCGUCCGCAUUCAGGCCGCAUGUCGUGCCUGGAAGGUCCGCAGGGAGAUCAAACGGGUGAGCUUGGGAACCAGAAGAGCCCACACUGCCAGGGACCAGGGCACCCAUUCUUUGUGCAUGUCUCAUGACCAUGCAGGCGCAGCUGCUGCAGGAAACGAAGUCCUGUAUCAUUCAGCGGAAGUGGCGCCGUUGGGCGAGAUACCAGCGUGGAGUGGUUAGGCUGAUCCGUCUUCGGGAGAGGCGCCUUGCUGCCGUCAUCACCAUCCAAGCUGUCAGUCAGUCAGGGCUGAGGGCACACCAAAGAGACACAAGGGCAUGCGUAAGGUCCACGUGCAAUGUGCAGGCUUGUCGCGGGUGGAUAUUCCGUUCGGGCAGGGCUGGGCUUACAUCUCUCAUCAAGAUCAGGAUGCUGCUGCAGACCUUCCACUGGAUCAAGAAAACAAGAGAGUCGCUGGUAAGGCGGUGUAAAUGCCGUUGCACCCCGCGCAUCACGGUGUCUUGUCUCCCCUCGUGAUCACAUACAGGCAGCGUUCCGGAUACAGAGGAACUGGCGCAUAUACGCUGAUGCCAAGAAGGCGCCUGUCGAUGCUGGCAAGACCAUUCUCAUCCUCGGCUCACUCUACCAACGGUCACUUCAAGAGGUAACCAACAGCCGGCACCCAUGAAUACAUCGCAUCCCUCGAUGUGCAUAUGUGUAUUUGCCUGUAUUUGGGAUGGGAAGGCGAGGCGGCGAGCUCUGAAUGUGAUACUGGAGGGGACGCCCAGACCACUACGCUCUAACUUCGAGUUCACCUUCAGCAUAUUCGCCCUCGCCCAGGCCCAGGGCAAGAGGAUCGCUGUCUUAGGUAUGUUAGCCGCAUUUGCCCAGGUGGAAACCUGUGUCUACUCCCUUAAUCGCAGAGCGUCGGGCUUUCACCACAGCCACAGGGUGCCUGACCAAGCUGGGAAGCAAGCUUUCAGACGAGCACGGCAGCAGCGCCAGCAAUAAGGCAGAUGGUGACUCUAGUGGUCAAAGGCCGAAAUUUGAUGGCAGUAUGUGGUCAAAAGCGACUCUGGUCGUCAUGGGACUCACGUCCGUCAAGCCCAACGUGUCGGCCAAGACAAAGAAGGAGUGUGUGGCCUUCGAGCAGGAAGUACUGCGGCCUCUCUUUCCCAGACGCAAGCCAGUCAAACGACUAAGUAAGCGGGAAGAAGAGACAUGAUAUAUAUGGGGGCCUUGUGUGCAUCAUGUGCAGGGACAGAGGCCACCGAGAAGAAGCCCCCGACCCCCGGCCGCUCCCCAGCAAGAGAGGCCAGGGGCAGGGGCACGCGGCGCGCGUCACAGCACGAAGCAGCCAAACAGCAGGAAUCGGCCAAAUCGGCAGGGCCAUCCAAGACGCAAGACAGCACAGCCAAGGGCGACGGCACGCCCCCUAGUGACAAGAAGGGCGGCCUCCGUCUGCCUGCAGCCGUCAAGCACACGCACGAGGGUCCGCGGCAGCUGCCGGCGAUCGCGAGCCUGAAGAGGCAGUCUGUGCCUACAGGGCCUGUCGGCUUUGUGAUGGCAGACAUGUCGCCCACCAGUGCUGACCAGGAAGUGGCACGACGCCGCCGCCACUCGACAUUCGCUGACGGCCUUCACCACGCCACCCCCCAUCUCCCCUCGUUAACGCCGACAGUCCUGUCCCCAUCCAGCGGAGCCUCAGACAUCCGCUGGCGGCAACGGAGCGUUACGUACAGCCCCCAAACCCGCGCGAGAAGGGCGUCAAUCGGGGCCACCGUUCCCAAGGAGCUGCUCGUGCGUUCUGUGCAGGAGAAGACCCCACUGCAGGGGCUGCUAAGUGACGGCUCCUUCAAGUACAGCAACCGGCUGCGGCAGAGGCACUACGCGUCUUUGGUGGCCAUGCUGGUGGCGAGGAGGGCAGCAACAAUAACGGACUCGGCGGCCUCCUCGCCGGCGGCCAAGCUGAAACACUUCGAUCGGACGUUCUCGCGAAACUCGCUCGAGGCCCAUCCUCUCUUUGAGCUGGAACACAAGGGCAACACCACUCUGGAGGGCGUCCUCGCCAAACUGGGCGAUACGGGCGCACAGGAAAGGUCGGACAUGAAGAGAGAAGGAGAUGGGUGCGUGUCAUGGAUGGACUGCUGCCUGUGGCUUGAGUGGAUCAGAGCCGAGAAUAUUCCCCUGAGACGGUCAACGAGCCAGAAGAUCGAGGAGCGGUUCAUCGAGAGGUGCGCUAAGUAUGGGCGGCAAGCUGUACUUUCGCUGCUGCAGCUGCAGCCAGAUGUGUGAAUAAUUAAUGUGGUGUCAGCUGUGUGCUUUGGAACAUAUUGACGCUGCUUGUGUGUCUCUCAGACAGUGUUUGCUCUCAGUCAGUCAUUGUGUUAUUGAGCCAUCAAUCGAUCAACCAAUCACACGUAUGAGUGUGCCGCUGCCUCUGCUGCUCAGUCGGUGUAAUUCUUCUCCUGCGUGUGCCCACACAGAGACACGAAAAGGAAAGAAUGUGCAUUUGAUGAGGCGUGUCUGCUCCGUCCCCCAUACACAACAUACGUAGUAGUGCCGCAUCCAGAGGAGAUCUCUGAUUUUGUCAGUCAGCUCUUCGCGCUUCGUUCGCCGAUAAAACCUCUCACUGCAUCACAAGAAAGAACCUCUCUUGUUGUCUGUCUGUCUGUCUGUCUCCAUGUGUGUCCGUACGGUAUGGUUCUGUCGAGGUUGAUGUACGAGAGUGGGGUGGCGCGCCUCUUUGUCGGUGCAGGGAAGGGCUGAAUGUAACCGGUGCCUGCGCAUGCACAAACAGACAGACAGACAGACAGGCAGGCAGGCAAGCCAAGGAGACAGAUGGCUGUGUGUCGGUCUGUCUGUCUGGCUGUCUGUGUGUCUGUGCCUUCGAAGCCGGUCAGUCCCUCAGUUGGCAUGCCGAUCGGCAGAGCUGACGAGUACGCCGUGUCGCUCUCCUUCCCUCCAUCAGACGACUACACACACAUGUCAGAGACACACAUGGAUGCGCACGAAUGUGUCUCUCUGCUUUACUGCAGCCGUGUCAGCUGUGGCUGGUGAGUGGGCGAUGACUGCCAGCAGAACCGCAGCGACCAACACACACUUGGGCAGCGACAUUGUUUAUGCUGUCGGUCAGUCGAUUGAUCGAUCACCAGACGAGCAAGCGAUGCACUUUUGAACGUGUCAGUUGAAUUGGGUCGUCAAUAUAUACUCAGUCGAGAAUACACGACAGAUGCACGUCGAUCACCACCACACAUGCGCUAGUUCUCUUCAGGCGAAGUGGACUUCGCCGGUUCGCUGUGGUCCACUUCGUCAGGCGAAGUGGUUCCAUAA